AUGGCGAUUUUUGACCAUCACCACCCAUGGGUGCUUACAUUUGGUGUCUUAGGUAAAUUCACUUACUUUCCUUUACUUGUGUUUUCUGCUAAUCAUGAAGCAGGUCCAAAAUGCACAAUCAUCAGCUCCGGUAACAUUGUUUCAAUCUUUGUAUACCUUUCUCCAUUGCCAACAUAUAUCCGGAUUUAUAAAAGGAAAUCAACUUUGGGAUUUCAAUCUCUUCCUUAUGUGGUAGCUCUAUUUUCUGCCAUGCUUUGGUUGUACUAUGCAUUCCUUAAAAAAGAUGCACUCCUCCUAAUAUCCAUCAACUUGUUCGGAUGUGUCAUUGAGACAAUUUACAUCGGCGUUUACCUCUUUUAUGCAUCCAAAGAGGCUAAGAACCAUACGACAAAGCUACUUGCUUCUUUGAACGUGGGGUUGUUCUCUGCGAUUUUUCUCUUCACGCUCUUUUUGGCAAAAGACUCAAAUCGGGUCGUAAUUGUUGGAUGGAUUUGUGUUGCUGUUUCUGUGAGUGUUUUUGCAGCACCUCUAAGCAUUGUGUUUCAGGUUGUCCGAACUCGGAGCGUUGAGUUCAUGCCAUUUACCCUUUCUUUCUUCCUCACAUUGAGUGCAGUUAUGUGGUUUGCAUACGGUUUACUGCUGAAGGAUUUAUGCGUAGCUCUCCCAAACAUUCUGGGUUUCUUCUUAGGGCUGCUUCAGAUGUUGUUAUAUGGGAUUUACAGAAAUGCCAAGAAAGUGGUGGAGGAGAAAAAACAGCCGGAACACAUAAUAAACAUAGCGGUGGUAGGGGACUGUGAAAUACAUCAAUUUGAGCCAAAAACAAGUGGCAGUGGCAGUGGCAAUGUUGUGGCUGAAGAGGAAAAGAAGGAUGAACAAACAGAUGGCCAUCAUAAAACUGUAGCUUCGGAAGACGACGAACCGGGCGGAAUGAAUGUACAGACUGUUUCACCUGUGCUUGUCAUGUGUGCAGCUUGA